AUGAGUUCGCAGGUCAUGGGCAGAAGCGGAUAUGCUGCCAAGGAAAACACCUUUCAGUUUGCCAACAACUGCGAAACGGCCGAGUGCUUAGUCUUCCGGGAGUUUCGCAUCGCUUGCGUGCAUCUGCGCAAGGAGUCGGAGGUUCUGGACGCCUUGCAGGAGAAGGAUAUCGCGUGGAGGUUUCUUUGCAAGCUGAGCAAAGAAAGGCCUUUCCUGCACGACCGCGUCCACGAGGUCUUGCACUUGUUGAUGAUGAGCAAAGCCUGGAUGAAGGCACUGGCCGAGGAUCCGGAGUGUAAGUAUGAAGACCUGCCCCCGGAGAUGCAGAGUGAGAUCAAGCGUCGGGCUGAGCAGGCAAUGGAUCCAGAUGCACAGCCUGAAGCUGGAUAUACUCCGCCAAGGAAGGCUUCUUAUGAGGCCUUCAAGGCCAGCGGCACCAUCGCGGUGGUGGUGCAGCGCUGCCUCAAGGCAAAGUUGUUGGUGGACGAGGCUGCAGAAAAGUGGGAUGAGAUCGGGCGUGGGCUGUUCGUCGCAGUGUCCUUCACCAAGGGUGCCACAGAGGACAAGGUGGCGCCUGCGGCGAGGUUCCUGCUGACCGCCAAACUCUCCAGAGGCGCCAGUUCGGAUGAGGCCGAGUCGGUGAGCGCGUUGUGCGCGCGCGGGGAGUACCAGGGCAUCCUGGUGCUGCCGCAGGUCUCUUUGGUUUCCGAGCUGAAGGACGUCGAUGUCAGAUACUCCCAGCAGCUGGGCAAGAGCAGCGCGCACCAGCUCUACGAUGCCUUCGUCAAGGCAUUGCAGUCAGUUGCUGCUGAUAGCUCCUCGCCUCCGCAGAUCCUUGCAGGUGCCUUCGAUGGCCCGCAAGUGAUGGAGCUAUCAUCCGCGGGGCCCUUCAUGCAUUCCUUCACCGUGUGA